UGAAAUGAAGACAAAUUACAUAUAUUUAUGAUAUGAAUUGAAGGGAAUGUGUCGCCAGUGUUGGGGUCUAUGUUUAGGUUCAACAUCUCCUCAACUGAUAUGAUAAUAGAAGAGAAGCGUUUCGUUUAUGAAAAACUUUUCUUUCUCUCAACGCCAGAGUCUUUAAACCAACAGAUAUUCUGUUUAUUAAUUAUAAUGUUUUUCAUUCGUUAAGUACUAUUCAUACACAACACAAACCUUUAUUCUGUUAUUUUUUAAAUACUUUUUAAAACAAUUAUUUAAAUUAUUAUAAAACUAAUGGUUUUUAAUUAGAGCUAAUUUAUAAUUAAGUGUGUGUUUCUAUAUAAUACCAAAAACUCGGAUAUAAUGUCUCCAAACAGAAAAUUUUUCAGCCGAGAUGUUAUAAAUAGCGACCACUCGGCAGAAAACGGCGAUAAAGGCUACUAUAAGGAGGUGAGGGAACAUCUGUUCAAAAUUCUGGUGAUCGGCGAUUUGGGUACCGGCAAGACGUCCUUCAUUAAGAGAUAUGUUCACAUGUUAUUCUCACAACACUAUAGGGCGACCCUAUACUCGCAUACCAUUACUUCUGCACGGGGUUUAGAGAUUAAUUCAAACAAAAAUUACAAACGGUUAGUUAAGGAUCAGGAGAGGUUCGGGAAUAUGACGCGAGUGUAUUAUAAGGAAGCGGUCGGCGCUUUCCUCGUCUUCGACGUCAACCGUCCGCCAACUUAUGAGGCGCUUCUCAAAUGGAAAUACGAUUUGGACACUAAAGUGUGUUUACCCGACGGUUCGCCCGUUCCCUGUCUUUUGUUAGCUAAUAAGUGCGAUAUGCCUAAGGAAGGCGCCGCCUCGAGCUCAGACACUCUCGACAAGUUUUGCGAUGAGAACGGCUUCUGCGGCUGGUAUUACACGUCCGCCAAAGACAACGUCAAUGUCGACGAAUCCGCUAAAUAUUUAGUGGCAAAGAUACUACAGAGACAGAAGUCAUUAGCGCUGGAAGAGUCGGCUACCAAUGAUAUCCUGACUCUCGACUAUAGCAGUCACGGCGAGAGCACCAGAAAACGGUGUAAUUGUUAGCAAUUCAUUAAAUAUAUGCUUUAAUUUAUUAAAGAUUUAAACAAUCAUUCACUGUAUUAGACAUACAUUUUGAUUACUUUCAAUCUUCGGGUUCGUGACAAUGCCUUUCAUAUAUCGGAUCAAUCAAUGCUAUGCUUCUCUCAUAUGCUUUGCGUUAACUCUUAUAUAAAUAUCAACAAAAAGAAAGCUUUGAAAUAAUAUUUUGUUAGCUUUGAAGCAAUAAAAAACUUAUUGAAAAUUCAAAGUUAA